CCGGGUCACGGCGGACAUAUCAAAACUUACAGGGGUAACUGUUGCGUGUUACACAGGAUUGACGAUGUGGUGUUGUAUAUCUUCUACAGUUGAAACUAUGAUGAAAGUACUGGUUUGUGCUCUCGGUAUAUUAUGGAAUUCUGUUUCAUUUGUCAAUCUACAGACUAUUGGAAUUCUAUUAUUUGCAAUUUAUUUUUUCCGUCUAAUUAAAAUAUGUUUCAACUACUCUAUUGGAAAGAUGUUGUUUUCAAAACGAAGAAAUUUAAAACAUGCGGGUGAAUGGGCAAUUGUGACUGGUGCCACUGAUGGAAUAGGCAAAGCAUAUGCAGAGGAAUUAGCUAAAGAUGGUUUAAAUAUUAUGUUAAUUAGUAGAAAUUUGGAGAAACUAAAAAAAGUUGCCAAUGAAAUUGAAUCUUGUUAUCAUGUGAAAACGCGUGUUGUUGUUGCUGAUUUCACACAAAAUAAUAUUUAUGAAUCAAUUGAAAAAGAAAUCACUUCAUUAUCAUCCAUUGCUUGUCUAGUAAACAAUGUUGGCAUGAGUUAUCCAUAUUUUGCUAAUUUUGCCGAUGGUAAAUUUAUGAAUUGUCAUUUUAUUCAACAAUUAAUCAAUUGCAAUACCCUAUCUAUGGCAUCCAUGAUUUAUUUGGUGCUGCCGAAAUUAUUAAAACAAAGACAAAAUCUCAAUGCAGCUGCAACAACAGCAUCACCAGCUAUUAUAAAUAUUGGUUCGUUUUUAGGCUCGUUACCAUCACCUUAUUGUACAUUGUAUGGUUCAACGAAAUCGUUCAUUCAUCAUUUUUCAUUGUCAAUUGCAGCGGAACUCAAUACUACAUCUGAGAAUAACAAUAAUAAUAGUAAUCAAAUUAUCAUACAAACUGUAUGUCCAUUGUUUGUUGCAACAGCCAUGUCCAAUACUAGUAAAACAUCAUUUUUUAUACCAUCUGCACGUAAUUUUGCGCAUAGUGCAUUGAAUAUGUUAGGGGUGGAAGCAUUGACUGCUGGUUGUUUUGCGCAUGCAUUACAAAGUUAUCUUGUCGCUUUGACACCUUUAUCACGGCUACAUGAUAGGUAUAAGAAGAUGGCUGUGAAAGCACGUAGAAAAUAUGAAUAAAUCGUGAAUUUUUUUUUGAAACAAAAAAUAACUUAUUGAUUGCGAUAUUUUGUAUUCCCUGCUGUUGUUGCAACUGUUCUCUUGAUACGCACAUAUAUAUUUUUUUAGAUAUUAAAUUCGUAAACUUGCUUAAAGAUAAAUGAGUAGUAUACAACUGCUCACUAAAAUAUGACCGAUUUUUUGUAAGUUACAUAUCAAGGCGAUUGUUCGUUGUCUAGCUAAUUCGUUCUAUGAUUACGAAAAUCAGGUAAUUUAUGGUAGAUAUUUGUGUGUGAGUGUGUGCGUGUUCUAUAGAUGUUUAAACUUUUGCGUCUCAAACACUACUUAGUUAAACUUGUUUAACAAUUACUAAAUUGAUCCAAAUUACUAAAUAGAAGAUAUUCG